GCUCUAGAUUCAAUAGCUCUUUCAGAUAAAGAUCUUAGAAUUCAUGUACUUGCUGAUGAUCAAUGGCAUCAACUUGAAAAAAUAAUGAAUUUUUUUCAGCCAUUUAAAGAAAUUACAACUAUAAUGUCAAGCAGUACAUAUCCUACACUUUCCACUACAAUACCUCUUUAUAAUACUCUUAUAGAUCAUGCAAAAGAAAUUAUUAAUGCAGAAAAUAUUAUUUCAAUUAAAGCAGCAGCAGAAAAGUGCAAAGAAAAAUU